UACUAUAUAGUAGUGAGCCCUAACCUGUCCAAGUACAAAAUCGUGGACGGUUUCGUAACAUAAAAAAGUGACUAAAAAACACAGUAGUAAAUUUAUAAAAAUAAUAAAAUAAAUACUAGUGAAUAAUGGCCAACUUAGUCCGUCUAAGUGCGAACCAACUGCUGAGGAGUGGUAUCGUUAAAUCGCUGGCCAAAAAUCCUCGGCUGGUGAAAGUUAUUGUACCAAUUCCACGAGCAGCAACAAUACCAUCACUGCGUUUUGUCAACACUUCGUCAAAGCCAACCCAGGCCCAAGCAAGUGCCAGUUCUCCUGUGACACAGCAACAGAGUUCCACUGAUGUUGCUGAAACAAAGUACUGGAUCAGUUGGGGUUUCAGUGAUGAAGAGGAAUGGCUCGACAGGUUGCUAGCGCACUUGACGUUCUUCUUCGGUCUCACUAUCUGCAUUAUUUUGUCAGGUGCUAUUUUCUGUUACCUGCCAGACCCCAAGUGUCGUGACUGGGCCCAGCGAGAAGCUUACCUCCGUCUGCGAUACAGAGAAGACCACGGUUUGAGCCCCAUCGACGUAAACCUCAUUGAUCCAUCUAAAUUCACUCUGCCCAGUGAUGAAGAACUUGGUGAUACUGAGAUUAUUAUUUAAAUUACACUGUCAUUAUAAAUAAUUAGAAUAAGAACAAACGAUGAUUGUUAAUAUUUAUAUACAUAGUAAAUCUUAAAAUCUGUAAUUGAAAUCAUGUAAGAAGGGGUAGAAUAUAAUCAUAUUUACUUUAAAAUGUUAAA